AUGUCGACAGUUAUUUCUUCUAGCCCCCUUGCUCUAAGACCUGAUUCUUUAAGAUUCCAAAAUUUUAUUGGAGAAAAGAAGAACAAGCCAUCUAUCACCACCACUUCCACCACCUCCAUUUCUUCUCCUAGUUCUAGUGUUUCGUUAAAUAUGUUUCAAGAACAUGACGAAGAAAUAUUAAACAAUACUGAAGCUCCUCAUUUUGAAUACGUCUCCUAUGACAAAGUUCAAGAUCUAUAUGAACAAAGAAAAGGUCAUUUCUAUUUCAUCCCUGAAGGUUUCGAGCCUGUCUUGGUACCAAAUGAUACAGCAGCUCAAACAGUAACAAAUCUUUUGGAAUCAACAAAACCGGUCUCAGCUACUCCAAAUGUAUCAAGAAUGCUUCCUGACACCGAUGUUCGUCUUCCUUCAUAUGCACUACCAUGUGGCGUCAAUACAAAUUCAAAGAAAGACAAUGCUAACGCAAACAAGGCCAACAGCAAACCAAAGAAAACUCCACGACCUCCGAACGCCUUUAUCCUCUACAGAAGAGCAAAGCAACCAGUUAUAGUUGCUCAAAAUGCUGGAAUCUCUAAUAAUGAUGUUUCCAAAGAAAUUGGAAAAAUGUGGCAUGAAGAAUCUUUGGAAGUUAGACUCAAGUAUCAGAAGUUGGCAGAAAAGGCCAAAGAAGAGCACACAAAGAGAUUUCCUGAGUACAAAUAUAGACCUCGCCGUCCACAAGACAAGAAACGUCAUUUACAACAACCACCACCACCAACAGCUCACGUAGGGAAAGAGAGUUACAAAGGAAAUCAGCAAUAUCAAUUAUUAUCAACUCAAGCACAAAUAUUCUAUCAAAAUCAAAUGAACGAAAUUCCACAAAUUAACGCAUUCUCAGCAAUUGAUAACAAUACUGAUAUUGAUCUUACUAGCAAUGAUAUUGACGGUGAUAAUAACAAUAAUCAAUUUACCGCAUAUCUUCAAAACAAUAAUAACCUGAUGGAUUUCUCGCUAUUUCAAGAACUUCAACAAAGCCAUAACAUUGACUUCAAUAAUUAUAAUCUUCCCCUCGCUUAUAAUUACAAUAACAAUAAUCUCUUUGCAACAAAACCUGAUUAUUAA